AUGCCUCGACGUUGUCAUGGAUGUUUCCCAAUAUGUUGCAUAUCAAGUAAAAGACGUCGAUCGUUUUCAAUAAAUGAAAAGCCACACAAGAAAAAAGUCAAUAAAGUAAAUCCACAACAGGCUGAAAAUGUUCAAAUCAUACCGUCAGCGAAAAUUAUUCAGCGACAAGAUAAAAAACCAGAAACAAUUAAAAAGAAACCAGUUAUUGAAGAAAUUCAACCUGAAACACAUGUACCCGAUCAACAAACAAAUGCACCGUCCAACAAAGAUAAUAAAUCAUCGUGUUCAGAAACAUCUCUUUCUAAAUUUUUUCACAAAUCUAAGCAACUCAAAGUAUCAGCAUUAGCAUUGGCUAUCAACGAUGUUUCAGAUGAUAACGAUGAUAAAACGGCUAAUAAUACAAUAUCAAGUUGGUCGUCAUUGACAUACAGUGGUCCAACGCAUCGACCCAAUGUUCAAAGUUAUGAUUUUGUUCAAAAGAAUGAUUUUGAAACGAUAAAAAUAUCCAAUGAUAUUAACUAUACAGAGAGAAGUAAAUUAGUUUUAGACAAUGUAAAAAAACUUCUUAAAGAUCAGCAACAACUUUACAAAAAAGAAUUGAUCAAAUGA